CACAAGCAUACUAAAGAAAAAAGCAUACACAAGAGAGAGAGAGACACAGAGAUGGAAGUAGUUCAAGUUCUUCACAUGAAUGGAGGACUGGGAGAGACCAGCUAUGCUAAAAACUCAUUGCUUCAGGGAAAGGACUGAAACAACAGAAUAAAACACACCAAGAGACGGACUGCCAAUGGAAAUGCCAUAUGCUAAGCUCCACCCACUUUUUCGGUCAGAUGCGCUAAGAACUUAAUUGAAAUCUCCCAUUAAUAAAAUUGGACCCUCAUCAACACUCACUCCUGCGAAAAAUUUUCCUCCCAAAAGAAUCAAACGCUCGCAGUUUUCUCAGGGACCAUAAACAAAAGCUCGGGAGGAAGAGAAUUCGCUCUCGAUGUGGGCACACAAUACCCAUAACAAAAAGUGAUAUCCAUGACAAAGCCUAUCACAGAGGAAGCCAUCUCCAAUCUCUACUCUAGCACCUACCCAAAGAGUCUAGCCAUCGCAGACCUGGGAUGUUCUUCAGGACCAAACACUCUAUCUGCACUGUCUGAACUCAUCAAAGUAGUGGACAAGCUUUGUGGAAGGCUGGGUCGUCAAUCCCCAGAAUAUCAGGUUUUCUUGAAUGACCUUCCGGGGAAUGAUUUCAACACCAUUUUCAGGUCCUUGCCAGGGUUCCAAGAAAGAAUGAAAAAACAAUUGGAAGAUGGAACUGGGCCAUUCUUUUUCACUGGAGUCCCUGGUUCUUUUUAUGGCAGGCUUUUCCCUUCCAAUAGCCUGCAUUUUGUCCAUUCGUCUUAUAGUCUCCACUGGCUAUCUCAGGUUCCUGAUGGACUGGAGGGUAACAAAGGGAACAUUUAUAUGGCUAGUGGCAGUCCACCAAGAGUUCUCAAGGCAUAUUAUGACCAAUUUCAAAGGGAUUUUACAUUGUUUUUGACUUGUCGUUCGGAGGAAUUGGUGACUGGUGGUCGCAUGGUUUUGACAUUUUUGGGUGGGAGAAGUCAAGAUCCGACUGGAAAAGAGUGCUGCUACAUCUGGGAGCUUUUGGCUAUGGCUCUCAAAGAAAUGGUUUUUGAGGGAAUCAUUGAGGAAGAGAAAUUAGAUUCCUUCAACAUUCCUCUGUACACACCAUCCCCAUUUGAAGUACAAUCCGAUACUGAAAAGGAAGGGUCUUUUAGCAUUGAUCGGUUGGAGGUUUUUGAAAUCAAUUGGGAUGCUUAUCACAAUGAAAUUAACCUCCCCGAUGCAUUUAAAGAUAGUGGAUAUAAUGUUGCUCGGUGCAUGAGAGCUGUGGCUGAGCCCUUGCUUAUUGAACACUUCGGCUUCGGGGAAGCAAUCAUCGACGAUGUUUUCCGCCGAUACAAGGCAAUCAUAGCUGAUCGCAUGGGAAAAGAGAAGACUGAAUUUGUUAAUGUGGUUGUGGCUAUGACUAAGAAGGAAUGACCAAGAUUAAUUCUUCACUAAUAAAUUAGCUUAGUCAUGUGCAAUAUUAGCUUGUGUUCUGCUUCUUGAUUUAGCUUUUCUUUGUUGGGGAUGUAAAAGCAAAAUUCCUAUAUAUCAUGGGUUGCAAAAAUAAAUAUCCAAGAAUUUGGAUCUAUUUCCAAGAAUUUGAUAGCAGAAUAAUUUUUUUUAUAUCCAUUUGAAUUGA